UUGUUAAUUGCGCAACGUCUACCAACGACCUUACUACGCCUCUGACCGUACCUACUGCGAACUUCAACCACACCCAUGGAACAGUGAAAGGAUCGGCAAUGAGAUAAAGGUCAGAGCGAACGGGAACGAAUGAGCAAAAACUGAAAAACAAUCGAAAAGCUCGAAAGGAAUUGUUCGUUCGAUAAUUUGUUAUUACUAUUUUUUCCUAAAACCGUAAAUUUAUUAUUCUAUUGAUUACUUGAACGGUAAGAAGUUAUUUGAAUUUUGAUACCUAAUUUGUUGAACUUAAACUAUAUAUUAUAAAAACAGGAAUUGAAGAGAAUUUGUUACUAGUAAAACCUAAGGCGUAGAUGUGAUAGCUUCUAACUAAAAUCUACGAGGUGAGAACAAAAAAAAAAUACAACAUUAUGAUUCAUGCACAUACUUACUCUAAACUCUUAAGGUUUCUACGAUCGAAUUAGCGAGCUAACUCCCCGAGUUCAUGCAAUUGAAUAGUUGUGCGAUAACGAGAAAAUCACUACAGAAUUUUGUAAUACGCCAAUAAACCGCCUAUUCACAAAAUUGGGAUUUUCAUUUUACAUCGCCAACAAUUUACAAAAUUCUGUACGACUAACGAAUGGCGAGCCAAAGGUCAAAGGAAAGCUCCCAAGGUCGACGUCCAGCCGGCGCAGAUGGAACCUUAGCCGAUGUUGGUGAUGCGAAUCCGGGUACAAGCGAUACGAACCAUCCGGAACAAGUUCAUCCGGAGACGACGAGCCAGUUGGAGAAUGCUGCCCAAGCACGCCAACAAGGGCUAGCAGUACAGCAGAAGGUAGUCCAACGAGAAAGCGAGUCUCAGUCGGCGGUCAUCGCUGACCCCCCUCUCAACGAUCAGGUAAAGGUAGAUGGAAUGGUGAGUACCGAGAAAGGAGCAGUUCGAAGGCCCCUCCAAACACAAUCGAGCGCCGCGAAUAAUAAAGAUCAGAACAAGUUAUCUCAUUCCCUGACUCGUCCCAUGCCCGUGUUGCCUAAUACCUUUCAACCGCGACGAAACCCACUGCGCCGCGUUCGUCAAAAGAUUAUCAGUAGCUGUGGAUUAUGUGAGACGCCCGAUGACGACAAUAUGGUGCAGUGCGACGAAUGUGAGUUGUGGUUCCAUUUCUACUGUGUUGAAGUGACCGAAUCGAUAGCCGAGGUUAGCUGGUUUUGCCCUGGAUGUGCUAAUGUGACGAUAAUGAAGACCCCCAGUGAAGUGUCGAAAGCUAAGUGUAUUUCCAAAACAUCAGCAGUGACGAGAAUCCAGCAAUACGUUAAUCCACCUCGUAACGAAGCAGCAUCAAACAAGUCAGCUGGAAGGUCCAGCCGACGUAGCGAGACAGCGCGAAAAAUCGAGUUACAGCUGCAGAAACUCGAGGAAGAAAGAAAACUACAGCUGAAGUAUCUAGAGCAAAAAUACAGCUUGCUGGAAGAACUGGAGAGCGAACGUUCGUCCGCAGCGAGUGACCAGGAGUCCUUUACCGAAAAUGCAUCGAAAAUACAGCAGUGGUUGAAAGACACGGAACAUUACGAAGACGAUUCCGGUUUAGUUGACGUGCUAGCGGAAGAUGACCUCGAAGCGAUAUACUGUUUAGACGGAGAUCCGGAGCCGAGCAACUCGAGACAAAACUCGGAUGCACGGAAAGUGUUCCCAGCGCAGCGUGUGCGAUCCUCGGUGCGAUUUUCCAAAGCAGACAGUGGGAUCUUUGGUCAACAACAAAUCCCGAUUUCAAGCUUUCAACGUUCGCAGCGUCCGUCAAACGUUCGUCCAGAAGUGCGGUCCCAGUCCAUGAGCAGGCGCGCGACUGACACCUUCGUGGAUGGAGCGAAUUUCAUUCCCCGACAAAGAUCUACCCCAGUCCAGCAACGAAGAAUCAGGGAGGCUCCGGUUAGCACCGAUGGCGGGGACUUCGUUUACUCCCUUAAUCGAAAUCAGCUAGCCGCCAGACAAGCCGUGUCAAAAGACUUGCCAGAGUUUAGCGGAAGUCCAGAAGACUGGCCGCUGUUUUUCUCGAUGUUCAACUCGUCCACUCAGCUAUGCGGAUUUUCAAACGAGGAAAAUAUGCUAAGACUGCGCAAAUGCCUCACAGGAAAAGCUCUGGAAGCAGUCAAAUGCCGUUUGCUACAUCCCUCGAACGUGCAUGGAGUUAUUUCUACACUCAAGAUGCUUUACGGACGUCCGGAAACGAUUAUCCAGGCGAUCGUUAGGAAAAUUCGAGCUCUGCAGUCUCCUAUCAUCGAGAGGCUAGACACCGUGAUCCAAUUUGCAUUGAGUGUAGAAAAUUUAGUUGCAACGGUGGAGGCUUGCGAGAUAGGGGAUUUUAUGUACAACGCAUCGCUAAGAUAUGAACUGGUGGAAAGGUUACCUCCGACACUGAGACUGGAUUGGGCGAAAACCUCUCGCGACAAUCCCUCUCCUAACCUUGCGGAUUUCAGCUUAUGGUUACGGUCCAUUGCGGAAGAUGCCAGCGCUGUGUCAAUACCCGCAGGAGUUGAAAGUCGAACCAGAAGUGGAAAGAAAGACGGCUACCUAAAUUUGCACGCAGAAGAGGACCAAUUGGCAGAAAGACUGACCACGAUUGAGGUAACCAGCAAAACCUUCAUUCCAAAGGAGUCGGCCAAAGAAUGUGUUGGCUGCAGAGGAAGCUGUACAACACUCGCGCAAUGUGAACGGUUCAAUGGAUUCAGUUGCGAUUCCAGAUGGGCGGUAGUACGGGAGUUCAAACUGUGUAGGAAGUGUCUAAGAAAACAUAACGGGCCCUGCAAGUUGAAGAAAGAAUGUGGUACCCAUGGAUGUACUUAUUUGCACCAUCCACUUCUGCAUAGUGAAAUGAAGGAAUCGAAUACCUUGGCUUCCGUCCCGACUCCCCCGUCAAUUCAAAGUACUACAACCACGAACUCAAGCUGUAAUGUUCAUCAAGGUCAGUCCGAAAUUCUGUUCAGGAUUGUUCCAGUGCUUCUUCAUGGUCCAAGAAAAUCCUUGCGCACUUACGCCUUCGUAGAUGACGGAUCAGAGCUCACGCUGAUGGAGCAUGGUUUAGCUGAUGAACUAGGAGUCGAAGGACCGCAAAGAUCGUUAUGCUUGCGAUGGACUGGAGGCGCCAAUCGAACGGAAAGCCUCUCACAAGUAGUCAAUCUCGAAAUUUCAGGUGUAGUGAAUCCCACCAAAAUGUUCCCGCUUGCAGAUGUGUACACAGUGGAAACACUACAACUCCGACCACAGACGCUUCUAGUUCCAGAGAUGCAGAAGAAAUACCGUCAUUUGGAAGGCUUGCCUUUGGAGUCAUAUAAGGACGUCAGCCCGCGACUGCUUAUUGGUUUAGCUCAUGCAAGCUUGGGGAACGCCAUAAAGUGUCGCGAAGGGAAACCUAACGAGCCAAUUGCUAUCAAGACUCGGUUAGGAUGGACGAUAUAUGGGAGCUGUUCCAGAGAUACAGACACCUAUGGACAUAUCAACCAUCACUGUGUCCAGCUCUGCCAGUGCAACCAUAAACAAGAUGAAAGUCUAAACGAGGCCAUGAAACAAUACUUUUCGUUGGAAAGCCUUGGAGUCAGUGUUACGAACGCGACGCGUGAAGUACAUUAAUUUCUAACAACUAGAGCACACUAAUUCCAAUCAUUUCCUACAUCUAGCAUUAAGCAAAUCGCUUGUACUAAUCUAACGCAAAAGCUUGUAUAAUAAUCGUAGAGGUAACGUUUUGUGAAUCGUGUUGGUCACAUAUUCAUGACAACCAGUGUAAAUUGCAAUAUGCAAAAUCAAUUAGAUCGAAUUGAAAACGAGCGACCUUUCACACAACGUUGUAUACGAUAUGCUACGAUAGCGCAGCAUCGAGGAUGACUGAUCAAGAACGGAACAAACUGCGCGUGCGUAGUAAUCGAUUAGCCCGGAACGCAUACUCAUAGCAUACGUGGGGAUGAAUCAUUCUAAUUCAUAUUAGAAACGAUAUCAUAUUCAAGUAUGUUCACGGUUUCACAGCGUAAAUGCGCAAGCGCGGUAUGGAAUUUCACCAUCGGAUUUAAUGUUGCGCAAUCGGAUAGCACUUACACAUAAGCAUGAUAUAUAAUUACGCAAUAUUGUGAAAUUCAUUAAACUAGAAUACAAGCUACGCCAUUUGUAAUUGUUAGUUCCAGACAUGCACCGAUAGGAUAUAAAAUUGUAAUCAAUUAUCUAUGCUCACAACUAACGUAAAGUCAAGAACACAACCCCAAUGUAUUGUAAUGGUCAAAGUACCAGAAAAGGUUUUGAUCAGGGAUUAAUUAUUUGUUAGCAAAACUUGUUGGAAAGAUUCAUUGCAGGAUUGUAUGUAUACAAGUUAGAAUUUUGAUGAAUCAUGAGUUAAUUAAUGAUGUAAAGAGGGUGAGCAUAGUUUCUGGACGAUACACAUAUAAUUAAUAUGCUUUACGUAGGAAUCAGGAAAAGACAUGUAAAAAGAGGGUGCGAAUAAUGUCUGGACGAUAGUAUAAAAAGCGAUCGAACAAUAAAGACGGUAGCAGUUUUGCCUUGUACGUCACAAGCUACAGAACGCUCAUUCACUUGCUACUCGAAAUCCUUCUUACCAAGCACUUUGAGAAGCUUAAUCUUUUCUAAUCCCUCCUAUUACCCAAGCCUUCGAAUGCGAAAGGAGUUGGCUGGAGCUUGAUUGGAAAAUUUAAGUCUUUGAAAAGAGUUACUUGGUACUUAGAAUCGAGAAAGUCCUAAAUCAUACUGAAUCGAUCAAACUUUUUCCACUCUGGCACGCUACGGUUCCGAAUGCGAGUAACUUUGGCAAGAGUCUGAAAAGGCCAGUUUGACACCGAUUCAAGUGUGGGCAAGCAUUUAUUUUCUCACUCUGGUACGCCACGGUUCCGAAUGCGAGUAACUUUGGCAUGAGUCUAGAAAAAAUAUAAAUGCAUUGCGAUCAACUUUUCCUCAUCCGACUAAGUCACGUCUUCGAAUGCGAAAGAAUUUGACCGGAUCUAGGAAGGCCAGUUGAUUGCUCCCAUAUUCGAUUUGGACCAAUCGAUUUUAAUUAUCUACCACUCAAUCCUCCGAGUAUCAGUAAGUAGUUUCGGUCGUCGACAGUUUAUUCAGUGCGUUUCUCUUGCCUGUUGAUCGGCACACGCGGAAUCGAAUACCGUCUCCCUUCGCAACGGUACCGUGCAUCUGAUGUGGUGUGAUUACCAUCAUCGUCGUCGUCGUCAUCGCCAAGUGAUCGUCGCGGCAGCUGACAGAAACACCACACGGAGUGUAAGUGCCCCGUCGUCAACAUAUGGUGGCUCCAGAGAGGACGAGCUGCUGCCACCUUCCAGCGACAGUGCUUAUCUCCAAUAUCACGUGCCUGAUUUCAACAUAUGGUGGCUCCAGAGAGGAAAUGCUUCUGCCAACAUUUGGCGGUCUGUCAAAGCAGAGGAAAAUCGAACUCCAGGAGCGCGCUGAAAAAUGGAAAGGCGAUACCAGAUCACAAUGUUUUCGGACAAAUUGAGCAGUGGUAGAUCAGUGAAAAUUUGAACAGUGAGUGCUAGUAACCACGAACGAAGAAAAGAGAACUUAUGGAUUAUGUUUGCUGAAAAAAUAGUACCAAAAUUGUGGAAGACUUGUCGUGAACAAACGUGAAUGAACUGGUUACAAAGUGAGAAGAAAUCAAUGUCAACAAACAGUGACGUUUAGGAUCCGAACUGUGAACUGACUGACAUUCACGAAUAAUCAAGAAUAAUCAAGAAUAGUGUUUUUCAAGUUGUAACGUGGAGUGUUAUGCAUAGUCACGAAUUAUAAGUUACAAUUCUAUCGGAUCCAAACUCUGAACUGACAUUAAUAACGAAACAAGAAGAAGUCAAUCCACGAUAACCAAGUGAUUAAGAAGACGAAUACCCAGCAGCCCAAAACAAAGAAGAAAACUAAAUCACGAUCGUUUUUUAUGUGACUGACCUGAACAGGUCAAAUUGGUCUAGUCGUGCCAUAGUGACUAGCUCCCUUAUGGAAGGCAAUAUUGAACUAAACUGCCGUAAUUCUGAAAAGUGACAAGUACGGCAGUGAACAAAUCGAUUCCAUCGAAGAACUAUAAACAAAGUGUGUGUUUUGCGACCUUGUAACGUGGUUUACUGCCGCCAGGAGUGCAGUCUGAGUGUUGUGCUAAGACACAAUAAAUACGGUUACAAACUGAAGCCUACCAGGCGAUCGGCAUCUUAACUUUGAAGUCAAGUGACAUUAACGUAUGAAGUGGUAUCUUUCGAAUUGUAACGUGGUUUACUGCCGCCAGGAGUGCAGUCUAAGAGUUGUGCAGAGUCACAAGUGAAACGGUUACAAUUCGAGCCGAUAGCAAACACAACUUGGUCUAGUCGUGCCAUAGUGACUAGCUCCCACAGGGAAGGCAACAAUGAGCUCAACGAUAUCGUGAAGAAUUUAAGUGAAUUGAUACCACAAUUUGGUCUAGUCGUGCCAUAGUGACUAGCUCCCUCCAGGAAAGGCAACAUUGAACUCAACGAUAUCAAGAAGAAUUUAAGUGAACUGACAUUCAUAAUUUGGUCUAGUCGUGCCAUAGUGGCUAGCUCCCUUAAGGAAGGCAACAUUGAACUGAACAAUAUCGAUUACAUCAAAGAAUUAUAAUCAACAUUGAGCUCAACGAUAUUGUGAAGAAUACGUGUGAACAGAAAAUCACCCGUUGGUCUAGUCGUGCCAUAGUGACUAGCUCCCUCCAGGGAAGGCAUCAUUGAACAGAACAAUCGUGAAGAAUUAGUGAAAGUGAACUGAAUUUCACAAAAGUAGUACGAUAUAAUAACACUGGGCAGACAGUCUUGGACGGCGAAUUUUUAUACAACGAGACCUAAGUGAACUCAAGGAAAUUCCUAAGCAAACCUGGUAAUCAGCAAACAUGUCUAUAAGGUUCGUAUUGAACAAGAACGGCCAUUGCCGUCUUUGUAAUGAGGAUGAUACAGUGAGCGAUAUGGUAUGUUGCGAUGAGUGUGACCGUUGGUUUCACUUAACUUGCGCCGAGCUUGAUCAUAAACCAACUGAAGAAGAACAAUUUUUAUGCAUAAAAUGCACACAAUUGGAAAUGGAACGCAAUGACUUGCUGGAUAGGUUACAAAAACACAGCCUGUCUGAGCAAAUAAAUCAAUCGAUCAGUAAUGCGUUAAUAAGAAAUAAGGAUGCAACACCAUAUCUUAAACGACAAGGCCUAAUUCAGCUUCCAGUCUUUAAUGGAGCACCACGUGAUUGGCCAAAAUUUAAAAGUAUUUAUGAUAAUACUACAACAGAAGGAGCAUUCACAAAUUUGGAAAAUUUAAACCGAUUGGAACAUGCAUUGAGCGGAUCUGCAGCAAAAUGCGUUGCCAAUUUGAUGAUAAGUGCAGCAAAUAUACCACAAAUUAUUAAACGGCUCGAAGAAACCUUCGGAAGGCCUGAAAUAGUUUAUAGGCAGCUGCUAAGUGACUUGAUGAAAGUAAUUCACCAAAUGCAAGUAAAUCCUGUUGAGUUAUCAGACACUCUGGACAAUCUCGUCACAAAUAUGGAAUCGUUGAAGAAAGUAGAUUUUCUACGUGAUUAUCGACUAAUUGAGGAUAUCACGAAAAAACUACCAUUCAAUUUGCAAAUCAGUUGGACGGAAUUAGUACAACGGAAUCAAUCGCAACCUACACUGAUUGAUUUGAACAAGUGGUUGAAACCGCAUGCAUCUACGCUUCGAUUGCUGUUACCUUCAGCUGGAACAUCGAAAAAUUAACGACGACAUCAACCCAAGCAACCCGUUUAAAAGUACAAAUCGGAGAGGAAUAAUCAUCAUGGCUAUAAAACUAAGCAGCAUCGACAAAGCCAUCAAAACGUUUGCAGUUUUUAAUCUUCGUUCACCGCUAAGCAUCAUCGACGAAACUAUCGCAGACCAGAUGAUGAAAAAUUUGAUUCAUUAUGCCUCACUUGGAUGCAGAAUUUAUCAAAAGAAACUCCAAGCAAACGAGUAAAUAUUCAAACACUAGAAAAAUGCAAGCAGUACGUCAUGAAAGGUGUUGAAACCAUUCCGGACUUACAAUUUUCAAAGCAAUUACUGAGGAACAAGCACAUCAAAGGACGUUUUGAGUAUAUUGGCAAACUUGGACAUCGAUGGACCAUGAUGCAAAACCAACUACAUAUACUGGUCGGGCUGGAGCAUCUUCA